AUGUCUUCUGUAAAUGUCCCGGCGAAUCCCUCCCGCCUGCGUAGUCCUUGUCGACACACCUGGUAUGGCCAGGACAUGAAGUUGGCUGGCAUCCUCUACCUUCACGACAUUACCCAAAGUCGGAUGUUUGGCACAAUGCUCAGGGAUCUUGAUGUCUUUCGAAAGCUGUGCGGUGAAGAUGCAGAGAAGAACGUCAUUAUGGUGACCACAAAAUGGGCUAAGAUCACCGCGAAAUGUGGGACAAGAGCUGUCUUCUGGAAGGAAAUGAUGACACAUGGGUCUACGACCGCUCGGUUCGAUCAGUCACGUCCGUGGGAUGUCAUGAGGCCCAUUCUCGCGAACAAGACAGUUGUUGAAGCUAUCCGGAUUCAAAAGGAACUGGUUGACUUUGGAAAAAAGAUCCCUGAAACCGACGCAGGAAUCGUCUUGUAUUCCAGAUUGAAGAAGGUGGUAGAUUCACGUGGAGAAGCCAUCGAGGGAUUGAAGAAGAACGCUCAAGAUGACACGCAACUGCAAAAAUUGGGGGAGACCGAGAAAGAAGCUCGUGAACUCUUGUCACUCCGGAAGCGGAUCGUCGGUAGACAGUAA